AGGGAGCCCGGGAGCUGCCGCGCACCAGUCACACGCGGGCGCGGGAGCCAGGCGUCCUAGCCGGGCUGCAGUGGGGUCCCUACCCCGCCCUCGGGGCCCCCGCCCCUUGCCCGCCCCCAGCCCACGCGACCCUCUCGCCUGCCCCCGCACGGAGGGGGGCCGGUCCUCGACGGCUGCGAGCAGGUGCCAGCCCGCCCCGGAUGGGCAUCGUGGAGCCCAGCUGCGGAGACAUGCUGACGGGCACCGAGCCGAUGCCGGCGAGCGACGAGGGCCGGGCGCUUGGCGCCGACCCGCAGCACCGCUACUUCUACCCAGAACCCGGCGCGCAGGAGGCGGCGGACCGUCGCGGGGGCGGCAGCCUGGGGGCGUCCUACGCGGGGGGCGCCCUGGUGCCCGCCCCGCCGGGCCGCUUCCUCGGAGCCUACGCUUACCCGCCCCGGCCCCAGGCGGCCGGCUUCCCCGGGGCGGGCGAGCCCUUCCCGCCGCCGGCGGGCGCCGAGGGCUACCAGCCUGGGGACGGCUACGCGGCCCCCGACCCGCGCGCCGGGGUCUACGCGGGGCCGCGCGAGGACUAUGCGCUGCCCGCGGGGCUGGAGGUGUCUGGGAAGCUGAGAGUCGCGCUAAACAACCACCUGUUGUGGUCCAAGUUUAAUCAGCACCAGACGGAGAUGAUCAUCACCAAGCAGGGCCGGCGGAUGUUCCCCUUCCUGUCAUUUACGGUGGCCGGGCUGGAGCCCACCAGCCACUACAGGAUGUUUGUGGACGUGGUCUUGGUGGACCAGCACCACUGGCGGUACCAGAGCGGCAAGUGGGUGCAGUGUGGAAAGGCCGAGGGCAGCAUGCCAGGAAACCGCCUGUACGUCCACCCAGAUUCCCCCAACACUGGAGCCCAUUGGAUGCGCCAGGAAGUUUCGUUUGGGAAGCUAAAGCUCACGAACAACAAGGGGGCCUCCAAUAAUGCGUCCCAGAUGAUCGUGCUGCAGUCCCUCCAUAAGUACCAGCCCCGGCUGCACAUCGUGGAGGUGAACGACGGAGAGCCUGAGGCGGCCUGCAAUGCCUCCAACACGCAUAUUUUUACCUUCCAAGAAACCCAGUUCAUUGCGGUGACCGCCUACCAGAAUGCCGAGAUUACUCAGCUGAAAAUUGAUAACAACCCCUUUGCCAAAGGAUUCCGGGAGAACUUUGAGUCCAUGUAUGCAUCUGUUGACACCAGCGUCCCUUCCCCGCCUGGACCCAACUGUCAAUUCCUUGGGGGAGACCACUACUCUCCUCUCCUGCCCAACCAGUAUCCUGUUCCCAGCCGUUUCUACCCUGACCUUCCAGGCCAGGCCAAGGAUGUGGUUCCCCAGCCCUACUGGCUGGGGGCCCCCCGGGACCACAGCUAUGAGGCCGAGUUCCGGGCAGUCAGCAUGAAGCCUGCAUUCCUGCCCUCUGCCCCUGGGCCCGCCAUGUCCUACUACCGAGGCCAGGAGGUCCUGGCACCUGGAGCUGGCUGGCCUGUGCCCCCCCAGUACCCUCCCAAGAUGGGCCCAGCCAGCUGGUUCCGCCCCAUGCGGACUCUGCCCGUGGAACCUGGCCCUGGAGCCUCAGAGGGCCGGGGGCUGGAGGACCAGGGCUCCCCCUCGGUGUGGACUGAGAUCACCCCCAUCCGGCCAGAGUCCAGCGACUCAGGACUGGGCGAAGGAGACUCUAAGAGGAGGCGCGUGUCCCCCUAUCCCUCCAGUGGCGACAGCUCCUCUCCUGCUGGGGCCCCUUCUCCUUUUGACAAGGAAGUUGAAGGCCAGUUUUAUAACUAUUUUCCCAACUGAGCAGAUGACAUGGUGCAAGGAACAGAAACAGUGUUAUUAGGUUGGAGGACACCGCUAACUUAGGAAACAGAGUCAGGACUGAGAAGCCCCGGCUCCCUCUGUCCCUUCUCCGUACAGUAGUUGGAGAUGGGGGCCAAGAACGAUUCUGGGGUUCACUGGCUGCUUCCUGGCCCACAGUGAAAUGUGACAGGAGUGUCCCCUGCCCCUUCCUCUUCCCUAACUACAGUCAUUUACCUGGUGCUGCUUCUGGCUGUUGGUUCCCAGCCAGAGAACAGAAAACAGACAAGGAAAAGGUCUCGGACACAAAGGAGCCUCUUAGCGUCUGGCAGGGUGGGUGGAGUCAGCUGGGGAAGAUGGGGACGGAAGGCUCAGCCCCCUGCCUUUGUAAAGUAACCUUCCAUGUUUUUGUUUGCCUGUGCAUCAGCCAGCCCGGGGCUGGGAGAGGACUCAGGUGACUUUGGGCAGCUGGCCUGGCCUCCACCUGCUCGGUCGGACACAGUGGGCUUCAGAGGAAGGGGCUGGAAGGGGGGGAUGGCGCACGUCUCAAGCAGCAAGAGCUUGUUCGUGGUGGUUGUGUGUGUGUGUGUGUGUGUGUGUUCACAUGCACACAUUUUUUUCUUUUUUAUUAUUUUUGAACGGGGAGGCUAUUUAUUGUAUAGAGAGUGGUGCCUGGAUGUAUUUCUUUUGUCUUCAUCACUUUCUGAAA